UGGAGUUGCUCUGCGCAGUCCUUCGCACGGGGAACGCAUCCCGGAUCAUUGUGAUGGAAUGCAUGAUUCUGUCACGAUGUAUCAUUUGUUGUUUGCUUCAUACCAACUGCAGCUGGAAGGACUCGGUUGAACUAGAAGGAAAAGGAAGAAAAAGACAAACUCGAAGAGGAAAACGGGCUAAGCCUUCGACGAUGAAGGAUGUGUUAUCAUCGUCGUCGGUUUUCUCUACGAUUUCUUUUUCUUCUAAUUGCUUCCUUCACCCGCACGACUUUCCCCUAUCUAUUCAUGUUUCUAUUAGCAUAUAUAUAACGGAUUAAUCCUCAAGGAUCCUUCACGGGAGAUUGAACAUGAACUACCUCUGCCCAGAUGUCAUCUUUCUUUUCGCCAACUCCCCACAAGAAAACCCAUGGCAUCACCAGAUGAAGAAAAUGAUUACACCAUAGAGGAAGUUAUCGCCCAUCUUCCACGCCCAAUAUCCCAUCCAGAUACCACCCCCUGCCCACCCUCCUACCUACGGGCCAUAGCCAACAGGUUCACCCCCAAAAAGCUCUCCCGUAGCCUUCAAAAUGGGCCCCCGAUCUUUCUCAUCGGACCCGCCAUGAUCCCCAACGUGCUAAAGCACAUCAUCUCCGCUCACCCAGCCCUCGACGUAGCUCAAGACAUGGCCGCAGCAACCCUACACGCCCACACCCUCUAUUGUGUGCGGCCCCUCUCAAACUCAACAGCAGCAGCAGCCCCUGAUAUGCCGUACAUCGUACCCGUGCAGCGCUGCUGCGCUGGAACCCUCACCCCCACCCCCAGCCCCACCGGCACCCUAACCACCGUCACCGGCCUGGCAGUCUUCAACCUAACAGACCUCCAACGCGCCUAUCUGCGCCAAUUCGAGUCGGCGCCCUUUAAACGGCUGGUCCCUGUGUGCAUCACCAUCUGUCUCUCGACUGGUAAGUGCGUGACUAUCGAUGCGGGCGCCUUUGUCGAGGUCAUCAGAACGACGGAGGAGGCCGGGGCGUAUGUACCUGCAACCACAACAAUAACUCCCGCUACCGCUACCGCUACCGCUACCGCUACUGCUACUACGCCUUUUAAUUGGCUUCUGACUAAGGCGAUGCAGCAAUACCGUUGCGAGACAUGGGACGUUGCAGCCUUCACCGCGUCUGCGCUGUAUAAGCAGGUAAGUAGGGCAUUUGAGGUGUGGGAUGCAGAGAAUGGGGCCGCGGUUGGGGAUGGGGUUGGGCAAGAGGAGAGAGGAGAUGAGUAUGGAUAUGAUGACGCUGAGCUUGACUUUGGCUUUGACUACUUGUAUGAGUACGAUGAGGGCGAGGAGGGAGGAGGAGAGGUACUUAUCGUUUCUGAUGGAGAAGGAGAAGAAGAAGAAGAAGAAGAAGAAGAAGAAGUGGAUAGUGAGUGGGAGCGGGACGAGGUGGAGGAGGUGGAUGGGGAUGAGAUUGAGAUUGAAGGCGGCAUUGAGGGGGAGGGGAGGGGAUGGGGGAAUGCGACUGGGGUUGGGGCUGGGGUUGGUGGUAUGCGCGUGGGUAUGGGAGUCGGUGUGGGUAGGUGUCAAGCGGAGGAGUCUAUGUGGGAGAAAUGGAUGACAGGGUUUCGGAGGUGUUUUGGGGAUUUGUGAGAAUGGGAGGUGGAGUGAUUCGUUUAUUUUAUAUAGAUAGGGUGGUCGGUGGUGCCGCCAUUGACCUUUUGGCAGGGUAGGUGUGGUGGGUAUGCAUUCCUAUCUUAAAAUCUCUAGGAACUUUUAGCAUUGAACAUUCAAUGUAAAUAUUAUCACAUUCCCUAUAUCAAAAAUAGGGAACCUCUUUUUCGACAAGAGAAA